CUAUUUCUUCCACGUUAUCUGGUGGUGAUACGUCCCCAUAAAUUUAUGGUUAUUAAAGCUACGUGUUACUCUUUAUACAUGUUCCAGAAGCAUGCAUUUCACGUAAACGCAACACCUGUAUCUGAUCAAGAUUAUAAUUAUGUAAUGCUCCAUUACAUGAAGGGAGAGAGAGAGAGAGAGAGAGAGAGAGAGAGAGGCCAUAUGGAAGCACACAACGAGAGGAAAGAGCAGGUAGAGAAAGAGGAGAGAGAGAGGAUGAUGAAGAAAGAGGAAGAAAGAGGUGAGGAGGUGCACAGCAAGAUGCCGGAGGAUCCAGCGACAAAGGCUAAGGAGGUGAUUCGCGAGGCAAUUGUCAGCGGAGGUGAUGAUCAGAGAGAUGAUCAGGAGGAGGAUAAAGCCAGAGAGCCCGAUGACGUUCUCGUAUUUUCAAGAGCCGUAAACAAAGUUGAUUCUUCCCUCGAAUGAUUGAUUCAUCGUCUCGACUAUAACUUCGUUGUAAUGGUGUAUCGAAUUCGUCUUGAAUAAAUUAAAUUAGUGCGUA